AUGGCCUCCAAUACACCCGCCGAAGAGAGCAGACGAGUGGCGGCUGAGACCGGAUGGAUGACUGAUAGAGAGGUUACCGAUCCGAUGUACUACAAGACUUUGGUCAAAGAGAAGACCGCAGCUCUGGCGGAGGCUUUGAAGGAGAACAAGAUGUUACACGAAGAGAACAAUGGGCUCAGAGAACAGCUCCAAGAAGUGACUCAUGAGAAGGACAUCUCCGAAGCGGAGGUCAAUCGCAUGAGACCAAUGGUCGAUAAGUUCAUCGAACUCAGGGAUGUAUUUCAAGAUGACUUGAGACCGAUGGCCGAAAGGUUGGCAUUCCUUUGGUCGCGGAAUGCCAGCGCCAACCCAUUUAUCGAUCGCACCGACACCACGAGCGCACAGGCCUACCAUUGGAUGGUGGAGCCGGCGAUGCGCGCCUACCGUUUUAUAUCCACACAUACAUACACUCCUAACCUAAAACUGCACGUAAUAGACAACCUAUACGUACGGGUUGCCCGAAAUGAAACGAUUUCCGAAAUUCUGUUGAGAAGUAGAGCCCAGAAAUCGGACGAAAAGCGUCGGCCGUUCACUACUCUGGCGAAACACAACAAGCGAAAGGCGCCCACAGGGGGGCAGCCCUUCGACAUAACCGACCAGAGGGCCGCUUGCCGUCAGACCAGUUGUGAUAUGGAUGACAUGGAUGAGACACUCGGCGACACAAUCACCGCAAAUAAUAGUAAGCUAUGA